ACACCCACAGACACUUCGAGUUUCUUCCCAUUGGCACAAAACUCAACUCAUCUCUUUCUAUCCAUCUUCAAAAUGUCAUAACUCUCUCCUCUCACCCUUCAAGAAAUAUAUUUGCAGAGAAUCCAUUGUAAUGGGAGAUCACAGAAGAAAAACUAUCUCAGUUACUCUGUUUCUUGCAAUGACAUUGAUAUCACUCAUCAACGGCGAUAACAACUCAAUCCAGCUAAACGACGACGUUUUGGGUCUCAUAGUCUUAAAAUCAGACCUCCACGACCCAUCUUCACACCUGGCGUCUUGGAACGAAGACGAUGCCUCUCCUUGCUCAUGGAGCUACGUCAAAUGCAACCCCAAGACAUCUAGAGUCACCUACCUCUCCCUCUCCGGUUUAGGACUAACCGGAACAAUCGGUCGUGGGAUCCAAAAGCUUCAGCACUUAAAGACACUCUCACUCUCCAACAACAACUUCACCGGAAACAUCAUGUCUCUCUCCAACAACAACAACCUCCAGAGACUCGAUCUUAGCCACAACAAUCUCUCCGGUACAAUCCCAUCUUCUCUCGGUUCAGCUAAACACCUCAACUUAACCGGAAACUCCUUCUCCGGUUCACUCUCUAACGAUCUCUUCACCAACUGCUCAUCUCUCACGUAUCUUUCUCUCUCUCACAACCUUCUCGAAGGUGAACUCCCAAGUACUCUGUUCCGAUGCUCUGUUUUGAACACUCUCAACCUCUCAAGCAACCGUUUCUCCGGAAACCCUAGUUUCGUUUCCGGGUUGUGGAAGCUAGAGAGGCUAAGAACGUUGGAUCUAUCGUUCAACGCUCUCUCCGGAACGUUACCUUUGGGGAUACUCUCUCUGCAUAGUUUGAAAGUGUUGCAGCUACAAGGGAACCGGUUCUCAGGACGAUUGCCUUCAGACAUUGGACUCUGUCCUCAUUUAAACAGAGUUGAUCUGAGCUUCAACCGUUUCUCAGGCGAGGUUCCGACGACUCUUCAGAGGCUGAGGUCUUUAAACCAUUUAGAUUUGUCCAAGAACUUGCUCUCCGGUGGCUUCCCGGUUUGGAUUGGUGACAUGACCGGUUUAGUACACUUGGAUUUCUCCAGAAAUGAGUUAACCGGAGCCCUUCCUUUUUCAGUUGGUACCUUGAGGUCUCUAAAGGUUAUAAUCUUGUCAGAGAACAAACUCUCCGGCGAGAUUCCGGAAUCUUUGGAGUCCUGUAAAGAGCUUGUGAGUGUUCAGCUCAAGGGAAAUGGCUUUGUUGGUAGCAUUCCAGAAGGUUUAUUCAAUCUUGGUUUACAAGAAAUUGAUUUUUCAGGCAAUGGUUUAACCGGUUCGAUCCCUCGAGGCUCAAGUAGACUCUUUGAGUCACUAGUAACACUUGAUUUUUCGUGUAAUAGUCUCAGUGGAAACAUACCUGGUGAAGUAGGGCUAUUCAGCAACUUGAGAUACUUAAACUUGUCAUGGAACAAGUUUAACACAAGAGUUCCUCCAGAAAUAGAGUUCCUACAGAAUCUGACAGUCUUGGAUCUCAGGAACAAUGCGUUGAUCGGUUCGGUUCCAGCUGAUAUAUGUGAGCCUCAGAGUCUAGAGAUCCUUCAGUUGGAUGGUAACUCACUAACCGGUUCUAUACCGGAAGGAAUUGGAAACUGCUAUUCUCUUAAAUUAUUGAGUUUGUCUCAUAACAAUCUUACCGGUCCCAUUCCUAAGUCACUUUCAAACUUACAAGAGCUAAAGAUAGUCAAUCUAGAAGCCAAUAAGCUUAGCGGUGAAGUACCAAAAGAGCUAGGGGGUUUGCAUAAUCUGUUAUUGGUUAACAUAUCGUUCAACCGACUCAUUGGAAGGUUACCUAAUGGAGGUGUGUUCCAGAGAUUAGACCAGAGUGCUCUUCAAGGAAACUUAGGCAUUUGCUCACCCUUGUUGCGAGGACCUUGCAUGAUGAAUGUUUCAAAGCCUAUUGUCAUCGAUCCGAACUCGUAUGGCAACAGGAAUAACAAUGAGGGAAGGCAUGGAAACCGUACAAGCAAUGGCUCUAGCAAGUACCACAAUGGAAUGUUCCUUAGUGUUUCAGUUGUUGUAGCUAUAUCAGCGGCUAUACUCAUCUUCUUGGGAGUCAUAAUCGUAACGCUGCUUAAUGCAUCGGUGAGAAGAAAACUUGCGUUUGUAGACAACGCGUUGGAGAGCAUCUUUUCAGGGUCUUCCAGAUCUGGAAGAAGCUUAGUGGCCGGGAAGCUUGUUAUGCUAAACACAAGAACGUCGCGGUCGUCGUCUUCGUCUCAAGAGUUUGCUAGAAACCCUGAGUCUCAUCUCAAUAAAGCUUCAAGAAUAGGUGAAGGAGUUUUUGGAACAGUCUACAAGGCACCGUUAGGAGAACAGGGGAGUAACUUGGCUGUAAAGAAACUUGUCAUGUCCCCGAUUAUCGAAAACCUAGAAGAUUUUGAUCGAGAAGUCCGAAUCUUGGCGAAGGCGAAGCACCCUAAUCUAGUCUUGAUCAAAGGGUAUUACUGGACACCUGAGACGCAGCUUCUGGUGUCUGAAUACAUUCCAAAUGGAAACUUGCACUCCAAGUUACACGGAAGAGAACCCUCGGCGCCGCCUCUUUCUUGGGAUGCAAGAUACAGAAUCAUCCUCGGUACAGCCAAAGGACUCGCUUAUCUCCACCACACAUGCCGUCCAACAACCAUCCACUUCAACCUGAAGCCAUCCAACAUCCUCCUCGACGAAAAAUACAACCGUAAAAUCUCUGACUUCGGACUAUCUUGUCUUGUAACACAAGACGGGAACACGAUGAACAACAGGUUUCAGAACGCUUUAGGUUACAUCGCGCCUGAACUAGAGUGUCAGAACUUAAGGGUCAACGAGAAAUGCGAUGUUUAUGGGUUUGGGGUUCUGAUACUCGAACUCGUGACUGGUCGGAGACCCGUGGAGUACGGUGAGGACAGCUUUGUGAUACUUAGCGACCAUGUUAGGGUUAUGUUGGAACAAGGGACUGUGUUGGAGUGUAUUGAUCCCACGAUGGAGGAUGAAUACUCUGAGGAUGAGGUUUUGCCUGUUGUGAAACUUGCUCUUGUAUGUACUUCUCAGAUACCUUCAAAUCGGCCUACAAUGGCAGAGAUUGUUCAGAUCUUGCAGGUCAUUACUUCUCCUGUUCCUCACAGGAUGCUGGAUAGUUUCUAAAUAAUUUGGAUAGUUUCUAAAUAAUUAUGUAUUAAUUUAAAUUUACCAUUAGAUUCUUGUAUUUUUUUCUUUUCUUUGUUUUUAAGAAAAUAAACUUUUUGUAGAAAUUGCUUUCUUCCACAAUGCUACGUUUCAUCAUCA